AUGUUGUUUCUUACCCAAAAUCAGCAAGUUGCAUUUGUAUUUAGUAUAAUAUCAACUAUUGAAAAUAUAUUUGCAUGUUUAAUAUCUUUAAUAAUCUUGACUAUUAUUGUUUCUAAAUUUUUUUAUAAACAAGUUAAAUAUGAAGACAAAUCUAUACUCGUUCUUUGCGUAAAUGUGUAUCUAUGUGCAUUUGUUUGCGAAUUAAUAUUUUGUUCAUAUGAUGCACAAUCGAUAUUAGGUGACAUUUAUCAAAUAAAUUUUAAUUCAUUGCGUUGCGUUCUAACGGCAUAUGCAUAUUGUGGUUUUAUCUUUAAUUUAUUAAUAUCUUUAGUUAACCAGGCGUUCUAUCGUCUUUGUCGUAUUGUUUAUCCACAAUAUCGAUGGUUACAAUCUCCAUCAUUUUAUGUGAUUUUACCUCCUAUUCAGUUAAUUCUGGCAUUUGUUCUCUUAUGUCCUACUUACAUUUGGCAGGAUAUUAUUUACUUGCCGGAAGAUCAUUUUUGUUUUAUACCGUUGUCUAGAAUUCGAAGUUUUCUUUGGCUCUUUUUCGUUGCCUAUGGUAUACCUGUUCUGUUACUAUCAUUUCUAUAUUUUCGUAUUAUUUUAUUUCUUCGAAAACAAACAAAAAAUCAGACAUUCGUAGUUAGACGCCAACAAAAUCGAGAUUUUGUUGCUAUUCAACGUAUUUUAAUCAUUGUUGGCAUUUUACUUUUACUCGGCAUGCCAGCAGCGAUUUUUCUGAUCAUGAUGUUUAUUACAGGUAAAGAACAUCCGUUAACUCCUCGAUUUCUGCUAUUUUCGGUCGGAUUAUCAGUGUUAGUAUUAAAUGUAGCAAUUGUAUUUUCCGUUGUACAAUUAAAAAACAUUAUUUGGAAAACUUUUAAAUCAAAUGUAAUAGUUCCCUUAAUUUUUAGUAUAGAUGGCACUGAUCCCCAAAGAAACAAUAAUAGUAUUCGUUAG